AUGGACGCCUCACUCUGCGCCUUGAAAUACGUGGAGAGCCGCCCGUUUGCCUGUGUUGCCAGGCCUUUGCCAAUCCGAGCUUCAUCGGCCCCCCAGCGGCUGGCAAGGCAGAUCUCAGAGAAUCUAGGGCCGUUGCGGGUUGAGAUCUCUGUGUUUUCUCAUCUGCUGCAAUUGGUGUCGCAACAGGCGUCUUCUGCAGGCGAAUCUACCCUUACUGUAUGCACUGUUCCAAAGUACGACAGCACCUUCUUUCUAACUCCAAACCAGAUCCGAAGCCAGGCAGUGGAUCACCAGCCCAGCAAUGCCCGCCAGGCCACACGUCGAACCUCCCCACCACACAUCAACAAUCACCACCCACAGCAUGCACCCAGCCCAGCCAUGCAGACCAGCACCGCCGCACCAACCAGAAGAGACCUCUCCCCCCAACGCCCCUCACCCACCGCAAUCCCCAAACCCCACGCCCCCCAAAGCCGCCCAGCCCUCCCAGCAGCACCGCAGAAACAACGCCCUCCCCAACUCACCAAACCAUUCACAACACACGAACCCACUCCCACUCCCUCGCGCCUACUAAACCAAUCAACAAACCACGACCGCACCCCCCGCCUGCGCCCACGAUGCCACAGCGCCGCCCAACCCGCCACUCCAGGCCUGCCUUUACCCCCGCCCCUGCCGCCAACCUCGCGGGGCGAGAUGAUUGAGCGCUGGCGGCGAGGCGUAAGGCACUGCAGCAACGGCAACAACGACAACAGCAGCAGCAACAACACACCCAACCACCCCCACCGCGUCCACGACCCGCAGCACCUCAGCCACCCCAACCGCCCCAACGCACACUCACACGCGGCCAUGCUCCCAGACAGCGGCGAGAGCAGCGUGCAUGCGGCCCGGGGGGAGCAGCCGACGUGGUUUUACAAUAGGGACUACCAGAUGGAGUACACGAUUGUCUCGGAGAACGGUGGCGGUAUGUAUGCUCUGUUCUGACCAUUUCCUGACUCUGUCCUGAUGUGAUGUAAGGGGUUGUGGUUGUCGGGCAUGUGUGUGCUGACUCAGCUGCAGCAGGGCCGGUGUUUGUGUUCAGGGAUGGGCGGCGGAUUAGCUGGUGGGGCGGCGGCGGC